AGCCAUGGCGUCUUUCGGGAGGAAACGGGGCGUAACAAUGGCGACUAAUCUGUUGAAAACCCUAACUCCAAGAUCUCGUGUCACCAAUUUCCCCUCAAGCUCGAGGAGCAUCAACGGCGCCGCUGCCGGCAUCGUUAGCGGCGACAUCAUCUCGUCGCACACUGCUAAAUGGAUGCAGGAUUUCAGCAAAAAAUCUCCUAUGGAGCUGAUCAACGAAGUUCCACCAUUAAAGGUGGAGGGCAGGAUCGCCGCCUGUGAGGGAGAUAGCAAUCCUGCACUCGGGCAUCCAAUUGAGUAUAUAUGCCUUGAUUUGGAUAAACCAGCGGUUUGCAAGUACUGCGGCUUACGCUACGUCCAAGAUCACAGUGGUGGUGGUGGCCAUCAUCAUUAAGAUGCUGAGUGGGAAUUUGCCCUCUUUUUCCAAGUUUUAAUAGUCCAAUCAAACUGCACUCUUGUCUUUGAAAUGUAUUGAUGGUGGCUGUAAUAAGAACUAUACCCAUGUGUCUUUUUUCUCUUUUAUGAUCUCGAAUUGUGCUUUAAUGAAGAUUUCAUUGCUAU